AAUAGCUAGUCGCAAAACAGCCAUAACCAAAUAAAAAACAGCAAUAAAAAGCUUACAAAUAAUUAACGUCAGUCUUUCAAUCAUAGCUUUCACUUCUCAAUCCCCACAUCGUCGUGUGCAUUAACCCCUGCACCCCCGCGAAAUUUCUCUUCUUCUUUGCUUCUUUGUACUCGAAGCUCGCCGACACGGACAGUACGGUUCCCAGAAGUUACCAGUAUGUCAUCAAGAACUCAACAUUCCAAAUGUUGAAGAGUAAGGUUCAAUGACAUUAUGGUGUGUGCUUGGUGCACAUACUAAAUAUUGAUGUCUUUUUGCAACUAAAAGUUAAGUACAUUCUGGAAUGAUCACUUUAGGAUCAUUUGACAUUUGGACGGCAUGGGAAAUGCUUUUCCUUCUGAUUCUCCAUGAUGAGGCAUGCAAAGGAAGAACCGUCAUGUAGUGCUGCACAAGCCAUUGACUUAAUUGCAGCAGUGAAGGAGUUACAUGGGCUUAGUUCUCAGGAACUUAACAAAUUAUUGAGGGAUUCUGAAAAUUUUACAAUUCACCACCUUACCGAAAAAGGAUCGAUGAUAAAGAUUGAUAUGGACAAGCUAGCAACCUUUCUUCCUUUGCACCUUCUUGGAGUUCUCAUAUCAUCUGAUAGGGAGGAAGCUCUUUUCAGAUAUUUGUUAUGUGGUAUUCGGCUCUUGCAUACCAUGUGUGACUUAUCACCUCGUCAUGCUAAAGUUGAGCAGAUUUUGCUAGACGAUGUAAAAGUGUUGGAGCAGCUUCUUGACCUGGUGUUUUAUUUGCUGAUCGUUCUUGGUGGCUAUAGACAGGAUAACCAUAAUUUUGGUCCCAUUCCCCUGGUGCAUUCAGCACUUGUGGCAAGCAGUCUAUAUCUAUUAACGGGAUGCAUAUCUUCACAGUGGCACGACCUUGUUCCUGUAUUGCUUGCGCACCCUAAGGUUGACAUCUUUAUGGAUGCAGCUUUUGGAGCAGUUUGCACAGCCAUUGGGUUACUUGGGACCAAGCUGUCAGCCCACCAGUCUGAUAUUUAUACAAAUUCAAGUCUGACUGCUGAACGAAUAGUUAAUAUAAACUAUUUAUGCCAGCAAUGUGAGGCUUCAUUACAGUUUCUUCAGCAGUUGUGCCAGCAAAAUUUGUUUCGAGAGCGCCUACUCAGGAAUAAGGAAAUAUGUGGAAAGGGUGGAGUUCUCUUUCUGGCUCGAGCUAUCUUGAAGUUAAAUGUGCCACCUUUUACCGGGUCCUCCAGAGUUGUGGCCUCUCUCUCUAGGAUGAAAGCUAAAGUCCUAUCAAUUCUGUUGAGUCUGUGUGAAGCAGAAAGCUUUUCCUACCUGGAUGAAGUUGCCAGCUCACCAGAAAGCCUGAAUUUGGCAAAGUCUGUUGCACUAGAGGUUCUUGAGUUAUUGAAGAAUGCUCUUGGGAGAGACCCCACACAUCAUAGCUCUUGUCCCGACAGAAGUUUCCCAAUGGGCUUUUUGCAACUCAAUGCGAUGCGACUUGCUGAUAUUUUCUCCGAUGAUUCUAAUUUUCGAUCUUACAUUACUAUACACUUUACUAAAGUUCUGACUGCAAUAUUUUCACUUCCUCAUGGAGAUUUUUUAUCCAGUUGGUGUUCAUCUAAUCUCCCAUCGAGGGAAGAAGAUGCUAGUGUUGAGUAUGAUUCAUUUGCAGCGGCUGGAUGGCUUUUAGACAAACUUUCGUCAUUGGGCCUACCAAAUAGAACAAAUUUGGGAUUUAACCUAGUUCCAAAUAACAUGCCCCAGGCUUCCUAUGAACAUCAGAGAACAUCCUUAUUUGUCAAAAUAAUUGCAAAUCUCCAUUGUUUUAUUCCCACAAUCUGUGAAGAGCAGGAGAGGAACCUCUUCCUUCUGAAGUUUUUGGAGUGCUUGCAAAUGGACCUAUCUAAAUCAUCACCUGAAUUUUCCAGUAGUCCUGAUGCUCUGAAAGCUGUGAUUGUUUGCAGGAACCUUCGUUCAUUGUUAAGCCAUGCAGAAUCUUUAGUUCCUGGCUUUUUGAAUGAGGAUGAUGUCCAGCUUUUAAGGGUGUUCUCUGGCCAAUUGCAAUCACUGAUUACUUCUGGAGUGUUGGAAGAAAAUCAAGUCCAAGAUAACAAAUUUGAGGAUUCAACAUCUUGGGAUAAGUUUUCCAAACUCAAUGCCAGUGAAAAUCAUCAGGAGGCCCAGAGUACUGGGGGAUGCUCAUCACCUUUACCGAGAAGAGAACCUCUAAAAGCUAAGUACAAAAGAGCUAACUUGAAGGAGGAAAUAUCAGAGAACUCUGAUUUUCAAGAAGUGGAGCAGUAUUAUGUCAAAACUGAUCGUGGGGAUCAAGGUGAUGAUAUAAUGAGGCAAGAUAGGAAGGAGGAUAAAGGUAUAUCUGGUAAGGUUGCAUCUCGAGGUUUGAGGGUGAUUGAUAGAGAUGUUCAGAAUGUUGAAACUAGUGGUUCCGACACAAGCUCAUCAAGAGGAAAGAAUGCUGCUGAUCAAAUGGAAAGUGGUGAGUUAUCAAAAUUCCACAAGCACAUCAAAGAGAGGGCGUUUGGAGGAAAUGCAGAGGAUGAAAAGGUUCCAAUGGUUCAAUCUGAAGAAAAGCAGCGGAAAAAACGGAAGCGGACUAUAAUGAAUGAUAAACAGAUAACACUUAUAGAAAGGGCCCUUUUGGAUGAACCUGAUAUGCAGCGAAAUGCAACUUCAAUACAAACAUGGGCUGAAAAAUUAAGUCUUCAUGGUUCUGAAGUUACGGCUUCGCAGCUAAAAAAUUGGCUGAAUAAUCGAAAAGCCAGGCUGGCCCGCACGGCUAAAGAUGUACGUACAACUUCGGAUCUUGACAAUGCCCUUCCAGACAAGCAAGGUGGGGCAGUACCAGUACCAAGUGAAGAUGCUAAUGCCAGAGCUAAGGAGAGAAGAGAUCCUCGAAGCAUGUUGAGAAGUGUUAAUGGUGAGAACUCUGGGAGUGCCAUGGCGGAGUUUGUUGACAUUGGUCCUGCAGAAUUUGUUCAAUGCAGGCCAGGUCAGUUUGUUGUGCUUGUAGAUGUGAAAGGAGAGGAGAUUGGUAAGGGAAAGGUGUACCAGGUACACGGUAACUGGUAUGGAAAGAACCUGGAGGAAUUAGAGAGAUGUGUUGUGGAUGUUAAUGAGCUCAAGGCUGACAGAGGGGCGAAACUUCCAUACCCGUCUGAAGCCACCGGCACUUCUUUUGAUGAGGCUGAAUCAAAAAUUGGGGUAAUGAGAGUAUUGUGGGAUGCUAAUAGAAUUUUCAUGUUGCGGCCUCAAUGAAUGUAACUGAUUACUAAUGGCUGUAUUUUUUUUUUUUUUUAUUGCUGCCUGAAAGUUGAUAAUUUCACAUGUUAUAAUCACUAAAACGUCUUUGAGGCAGGAAUUUCGCGUGCACUCAAAGUCGGAUCUUGAUAGAUUAGGGUUUGAUCAAAGAGCUGUCAACACCGAGCUUAACUGGGGUAAAAGUAAAUAACCUUUUCCUUCAUUCCCCACCCUACCACGUUGUAUUCUUGCCUAGUGCAAACCUUAGAACUUAUGAUCAGCUUAAUCCCUGUAAUGUUAGAUA